CGCAUGCGCGACAUUUCCUUACAGCUGUCAGAAUAGGCUGGAGAUGUGAAUUAUCUUGUCCGUAUACUAUCUUUGUCAGGACCAACAGCUAGGUGGAACUCCGACAAAAAGUUGCUUCAAUGACAUUUUCCAUAGGGAUGUCAGUUUGACUGUGAGACAAGCUAGCUGUUGUAUUAAGUGUUCAUUUCCCCUGCUGUGCCAUGGAUUUUAAUGUUAAGCGGUUAGCUGCAGACGCCGGUACUUUCCUGAGCCGCGCGGUACAAUUUACAGAAGAGAAAUUUGGCCAGGCUGAAAAGACAGAGUUGGAUGCCCAUUUGGAGAACCUUUUGGUCAGAGCUGAGAACACCAAGCAAUGGACAGAAAGGAUUAUGAAGCAGACAGAAGUCUUACUACAGCCCAACCCAAAUGUCCGGCUAGAAGAAUUUGUUUAUGAGAAACUGGAGAAAAAAGCCCCUACGCGAAUGAACAACCACGAGCUGCUGGGCCAGUCAAUGAUCGACUCAGGAAAUGAAUUUGGUCCUGGAACUGCCUAUGGAAAUGCUCUGAUAAAAUGUGGUGAGACGGAGAAGCAGAUUGGUGGGGCAGAGCGGGAGUUAAUCCAAAGCGCUGCCAUCAACUUCCUGACACCUUUCAGGAACUUUCUAGAAGGUGACUUCAAAACCAUCCUGAAAGAACGGAAGCUACUGCAGGUCAAACGUUUGGAUUUGGAUGCAGCCAAAACCAGGCUAAAGAAAGCCAGGAUGGCUGAUGCUAGAGCUGCAGCAGAGCAGGAGUUGAGGAUGACCCAGAGUGAGUUUGACCGACAGGCAGAGAUCACCCGACUGCUGCUAGAAGGCGUCAGCAGCACCCACGCACACCACCUACGCUGCUUGAAUGACUUUGUGGAGGCCCAGACUACGUACUACGCACAGUGUUACCAGUACAUGGUGGAUCUCCAAAAGCAGCUGGGCAGUUUCCCCUCAUCAUUCUCCAACAACAAUCAAUCGUCAGUGUCGGGUGGGGCCAGCAUCUCGGUGCCCACCAUCCCGGUGUCGGCCUCCCUGCCCAGUGUGUCUGCGGGCCACGGCAGCUCGACAGCAUCGGGCGGAUUCAAUGAAUUGCGUAGCUCCAACGGCAGCCGCAAAGCCCGAGUGCUUUACGACUACGAUGCUGCCAGCAGCAGCGAGCUUUCCCUGCUGGCUGAUGAGGUGAUCACAGUCAGCAGCGUCCCAGGCAUGGACUCAGACUGGCUGAUGGGUGAGCGAGGCAACCAGAAGGGCAAAGUGCCAAUCACUUACCUGGAGCUGCUUAACUGAGCCCCCGUAACCAGCUGUGAUCUCAUAUUUAUAUUGUGUUGCAGGGACAGGCCACACUUUCGCUUCCAUUCAGUCUUUUAGAAUGAGUUUUAUUUCUAUGAAAAGGAGUCUCAGUUUUAGCAGACUCGAGCUGGAAUGAAUGAAUCUGAGUGAAGGGGAAAGGAAGUGGACCCCAUUCCCGGAUGUGUUUGUAUUCAACUGCAGUACAUUUCUAAAACCUGCUUUCAUGCCUUUGUGUUUGAUGCCAUGCAAUCUGCAAUAUGUGCCAGAACAUCUCCAAAACUGUAACUUUAACAUCAUAUAUCUCAGACGGUGACCUAAAUGCUUUUGAUUUGAGGUUUUGUUUCUCUUCCCUCACUGCUAAUUCCAGUUUUUUCAUGUAGUGAUACAGUAGACACAUCAAAACUAACAAGCAGUUAUUAAACCCAUAUGCCAGACAUCAUUAAGUGCCUAUUACAGUGAAUCGGCCUUUCUAAAAACCAUUUGCCUUUUUUACAGAUACACCAGCAGUAUUGAGUCGCUCCUCUUAGUAUUGAACCCUAAGAUUUCUGUUUAAGUUAUUGGCAACCAGAAACCAGCAGACGCUUAUCAACCAGAAGACAGCUCUUAUCUCUGAUUAAAUUAUUAAUUUGUGUAUUCUUCAUAAAUACACAAUUUGUGAUGUUUAUUGUCUCUGGUUUUGGUCGACUUUGUGUUCACUUUGAAAAUUCCUUAAAGUAAAGACAUUUACUUUUUUUACCUUAAAGAAAUUUGCUUCUCUUUUUUUACCUUCAAGUAAAGACAUUUGCUUUCUUUCUUUUUUCUUUUUUUUUUUUACAUUACCAACAUGUCUCAUCAGUUGCCCCUAAACCUGCAUUUCAACUUGAAAUUGAAAAAAAAAGUCUCGUUACAUUUUGGAGAUUAAAGUAUAUUAUUAUGUGGCUGCUUUUUUGUUUUGUGUGUAACUGUUAAGAUAGCAUACAAUUGUAAAAUAAAUAUACAAUAUGAUACAUUAAAAUAAGAAAAUGUCA